GCUCAAGUAAAGAAAAAGAAAGUUAUAUAUAUAUAAUUGUAGAAAAUAAAAAAGAAAAAGAAAUCUGUUUUUGGUCUUAAAUUUUGAUCUCUCUGCCAUCAAAACCACAAACCAGAGCUUAGUAGAACAGUCUCAGUGUUUGUAUUUUUACUUUGGAGACAAGUACACGGAUAUUUAUGACGGGAGGACAAGGGGAUACCGGAAAUGGGAUUGAGGCAGUGGCUGGAUCAAAUAAUCCAAGACAGGAGACGGCAGCUCCACCACCGGAAGCGGGUGGUCCGGCGGGUUCUGCAGCGGAGGCAGGGAAGAAGAAGAGGGGGAGACCGAGGAAGUAUGGGCCGGAUGGGAAGUUGAAUGUGGCGGCACUGUCACCGAAGCCGAUAUCGGCGUCGGCACCGGCACCGACGGCAGUUAUUGAUUUCUCGGCGGAAAAACGUGGAAAAGUGCGGCCGGCGAGUUCCUUGACCAAAACCAAAUAUGAAGUCGAGAGUUUAGGAGAAUGGGUACCUUGUUCGGUUGGCGCCAAUUUUACGCCCCAUAUCAUCACCGUAAGCAGUGGCGAGGACGUAACGAUGAAGGUUCUCUCAUUUUCUCAACAAGGACCUCGAGCAAUCUGCAUUCUGUCUGCUAACGGCGUGAUUUCGAGCGUGACGCUUCGUCAACCCGACUCCUCCGGUGGAACUUUAACAUAUGAGGGUCGUUUUGAAAUAUUGUCAUUGUCGGGAUCGUUCAUGCCGAGUGACAGUGUAGGAACAAAGAGCAGGAUUGGUGGAAUGAGCGUCUCCUUAGCAAGCCCAGACGGACGAGUUGUUGGUGGUGGAGUUGCUGGUUUGUUAGUAGCUGCAAGUCCAGUUCAAGUGGUUGUAGGAAGCUUUAUAUCUGGUAACCAAACCGAGCAAAAGCCAAAGAAGUCAAGACACGACGUUGUAUUACCGGUUUCUACUUUUCCAAUCUCUAGUGUUGAACCCAAAUCAUUCAAGACGACGACGACGACAUCUUCCUUUCGUGCUGAAACAUGGUCACCUAAUGUAGUUCCAGAUUUAAGAAGUCAACCAACUGAUAUCAAUGUAUCAUUAACUAGUGGUUGAUAUAUAUUGUCAUUGUAUUGUUCAACCAUUUGUGACCACAUCGUUGUCGAGCUUCUAUCUGAGUAGGCAUCAUUGUUUGUUGUUUACGUUGAUGUGGAUGAUUGACUAUUUUUUUUUUUUUGCUUUUACAAGUAGCAUUUUAGUUUGUAUUCUUGUUUUGACAUACUCAUGUUUAGGUAGUAACUGAAAGAUAUAUUAUUGUCUAGGCUUCAACUAGUUUGAUCGCAAAAUUUUAGAUUCGACCUUUUAAUUUAAACUUGAUGGAUUCAAA